AUGGAACUACAGAAGACUUUGUCUGUUCAUGCUUGGAGAAGGCUUUUCACAUUCAAAAUUUGGAAGUCUGACAAAGAGAGAGUCAUUGCUACUUGCGUAGAUAAGAAGUCUAGAUAUGGUGAGAAGGCCUCAGCUCAGAUACUAGCCGAGUUAUUGCAGUCUAAAUUUGCCAACGGGAAGAAAGGGCCUAGGGCUUGUGAAUUGCCUAGUAUGGUUUUAGAAGAGCUAAACGUUACUAUUACUUACAUGAAAGCAUGGAACGCGAAAGAACUGGCUAUUGAGGCUGCACGUGGGAAUGAGGAAGAUAAUUAUCGUUUUUUGGCAACUUAUUUCCAAUUGGUGAAGAAAACCAAUCCGGGAACAAUAAGCGACAUGCACACAACCGUUAAGAAGGAGACGGGUAAAACAUUGUUCAAAUAUCUCUUCUUUGCUUUUGGGGCUUCCAUCGCCGGCUAUAAGUACUUGCGAAAGGUUAUAGUGAUAGAUGGCACUACAAUGAAAGGAAAGUAUAAAGGGUGUUUGGUUGCAGCUAGCGUACAAGACGGGAAUAUGCAGAUUUAUCCUCUUGGAUUUGGUGUAGUUGAGAAAGAGAAUGAUGCUGGUUGGGCAUGGUUUUUUAGGAAUCUGCAAAAAUUUGUCCCUGACGAGGAAGACCUUGUGUUUGUUUCUGACAGACAUCUGGCUAUUUACUCUGCUCUUGCGAAGGUUUACCCACUUGCGCACCAUGCUACCUGUACUGUUCAUCUAUUUAGGAACGUGAAACAUAACUUUGGUUGCGAAGGUCUAGUUGGAAGAGUUUCUAAAGCUGCACUAGCCUAUACGGUUGGUGAUUUUAGGUAUUGGUGGAGAGAAAUAAAGCAUCGUGAUCAAAGGUGUGCGGAUUAUCAGACGGAAAUAGGUUUUCCUCAUUGGACACUUUCACACUUCCCCGAAAAUAGGUACAAUAUAAUGAGUAGCAACAUUUCAGAGUCACUCAACGCAGCAAUGAAGAAGGCUGUUGAAUAUCCGAUUGUGUCAAUGGUUGAAUUCAUUAGGGCGAUGCUGAUGAGGUGGUUUUGGUGUAGGAGGAAAUUAGCCGGCAAAACAAAUAGUAAGUGUACUCCCGAAAUAGAGGAUUUGUUAAUAGACCAUCUCAAAGAGUCAAAAGAUUGUGGUGUGUUAUCAGUUAGUAACUGGAUUUACCAAAUCAACGAUGGGAAUAGUUGUGUUUUCACGGUUGAUUUGGAGAGAAAAACAUGCACAUGUAGGGUUUUUGAUGUUCUCAAAAUUCCAUGCUGUCAUGCUUUGUCUACAUGUCGAUAUGAAGGCCUCAUUAUGCCGGUCCCAAAUGAGAAAGAUGAAGACCUUCCAGCUGAGGUGGCAGAUGGUGAUGUUAAUCCACCGCGAACAGCUCGGGGUGGUGACAGGCCAAAGAAGAAACGUAUUCCUUCGAAGGGAGAAGUGCAUCACAACAUCCGGCCGCCACCAGAAGCCAGAUCUGGUUCAAGAUACAUCGCCCCACCACAAUGGCAUUUCUUUGGGAUGCCAAACUUACCGUUUCUACGGUCACGGGAAUUGAUGGACGAGGCAGCUGAGGGAGAUGAUGAAGAUUGUUGA